CACUCAUCCUCUCUCAGCUCUCCCCGCCUCACUCGCUCGCGGUGCUCGGCGUCGGUUCGGGGGGAGCAGAGACGGCUGCACACGUCUGGAAGUCACUUUAAUGGUCAUAUACGAGAAGAAACCCGGAGGACCUUAAACACCACGACAUUUUUUUCCUCCCCUACCAACCAUAUCUGCCCGGCUGCAGCAGGACACCAACCGCCUCGGAUGAAUAUCCCGGUGCUGAAACCUUAACGGUCCACAUUUAGCUUACCUGGCACAGGUUCGCCGCCUCUGACCGCCUUUCCUGUUCCGCGCUAGCAGAACCUGGAUGACCUUACAUCCCCAUUUGGGUUUAUUUAUUCAUAUACAUAUAUGUUUCUUUCCCAUUUUGAAUUUGAAAGAAAAAUGUGAUUCCCCGUGUUUCCCGGGGAGGAAGCCGAGCCCCUUCGUUGGCAUCUGACACAGCUGUGGGUCGUGUCGUGAAGAUUAACGUCGCUUUUCCUCCGCUCCCCUCCCCUCCAAAGGAACCGCUCUCCCCGGCUUUGUGUUCAGCCCCGAAUAAGCAACAUGAGAGGAGCGUAACCAGGCGCGCAUCUCGCUCACGUUUUCCUCCCUCCUCGCACAUCUGCGGAGAGAUAAAGGGUAAAAGAGGAAGAUGGAAAACGAGGCUUUCACCCCACUGCUGGAGCAGUUCAUGCUCACGCCUCUGGUCUGCUGGGUGAAGAGUGUCGGGCACUCGACAGUGACCGACGGCAGCCCGUUGUCGGCAUACGUGGAGCUGGUGGACGGGAUUUACCUGAACGAGAUCAUGCUGGAGAUAAAUCCCAAAACUACGGUGCAGAGGACCAACAAGAAAGUAAACAACGACCCCACGCUGCGCAUUCAGAACCUCUCUAUUCUCAUCAGGCAGAUUAAAGCCUACUAUCAGGAGAUCCUCCAGCAGCUGGUGAUGAUGCCGUUGCCGAACGUUCUGGUUCUGGGCAGAAACCCUCUGUCAGAACAAGGUCUGGAGGAGAUGAGGAAAAUGUUGCUGCUGCUUUUAGGAUGUGCUGUUCAGUGUGAGAAGAAAGAAGAAUACAUCGAACGUAUCCAGACUCUGGAUUUUGACACCAAAGCUGAGAUAGCAUCCCACAUUCAAGAGGUGACUCACAACCAGGAGAACGUGGUGGACCUGCAGUGGUUGGAAACGGGAGAAACCCCCCCUGAGGAUUUGGACAGCCUCUCAAGGAAUCUGGCGUUCCACCUCAAACGCCUGGUGGAUGAAAGGGACACGCAGUUUGAGACGAUCGUAGAGCUGACGCAGGAGAGAGACUGCGUGCAGCUAUCUCCACUGGCUCCCAUUGCCACCCAGUCUCCUGGUGACUCUCCCAGCUUGAGGAGGACUGAAAGUCGGCAGCACCUCUCAGUGGAGCUGGCUGAUGCCAAGGCCAAAAUCCGACGCCUUCGACAGGAACUGGAGGAGAAGAGUGAGCAGCUGCUGGACACCAGGCAGGAGCUGGAGAACAUGGAGGUGGAGCUGAAGAGAAUCCAGCAGGAGAGCUAUCAGCUGCUGUCGGACGCUCGGUCAGCUCGAGCCUACCGCGACGAGCUGGACGCGCUGAGAGAAAAAGCCAUCCGCGUAGACAAACUGGAGAGCGAGCUAAGCCGGUACAAGGAGAGACUUCAUGACAUUGACUUCUACAAGGCCAGAGUCGAGGAGCUAAAGGAGGACAACCAGAUUUUACUGGAAACAAAGACGAUGCUGGAGGAGCAGCUGGAUUCCACCAGGACCCGGUCUGACAAGUUGCACCUUCUGGAGAAGGAGAACCUUCAGCUCAAGUCGAAGAUGCAUGAUCUGGAGAUGGAGCGGGACUUGGACCGUAAGCGCAUGGAGGAGCUGUUGGAGGAGAAUCUGGUCUUAGAGAUGGCCCAGAAACAGAGCAUGGAUGAGUCUUUGCACUUGGGCUGGGAGCUGGAGCAAUUAUCAAAGACCCCGGAGCUGACCGAUGCCCCACAGAAGUCUCUGGGCGAGGAGGUGAAUGAGCUGACCUCCAGUCGCCUGCUGAAGCUGGAAAAAGAAAAUCAGGCGCUGCUGAAGACGGUGGAAGAACUCAGAGGAGCAGCCAGUCAGGACACCAUCGCCAAACUGACCAAAGCCAACCAAGAAAACCAGAAACUUAACCAGGAAUUGGAGCGACUGGAGAGCGAACUGACGGUGGACAGAGAGUCGCUGCGUAGCGCUGAGUCGCUAAGUACGGACCUGAUGAAGGAGAAGGCUUUGCUGGAGAAGACUCUGGAGACACUCAGGGAGAACUCAGAGAGACAGAUGAAGGGUCUAGAGCAGGAGAACAAACACCUGAGCCAAACCGUGUCGUCCCUGCGCCAGCGCUGCCAGGUCGGAGCCGAGGCCCGCGUCAAAGACGUGGAGAAGGAGAACCGGGUUCUUCACGAGUCCAUCUGUGAGACAACUGCCAAGCUGAAUAAGCUGGAAUUUGAAAGGAAGCAGCUACGCAAGGAGCUGGAAGUGAUGAAGGAGAAGGGGGAGAGAGCAGAAGAGUUGGAGAUUCAGCUGCGGAAGCUGGAAAGAGAAAACGAAAGCCUGCAGAAGAAAGUGGCCACUCUGGGGAUUACCUGUGAAAAGGUGUCUUCUUUGGAGAAGGAGAACUCUGAGUUGGAGGCCGAGGGCCGUCGUUUAAAGAAGAAGCUGGACUCUCUGAAAAACAUGGCUUUCCAGCUAGAGGCUUUGGAAAAAGAGAACUCCCAGCUGGAACAGGAGAACCUGGAGCUUCGCCGCUCAGCUGAGACUCUGCGCUCGGCGGGGGCAAAGGCCGCUCAGCUGGAAGCCGAGAACAGGGAGCUGGAGAGCGAGAGGAGCCAGAUGAAGCGCAGCUUGGAGCUGCUUAAAGCCUCGUCUAAGAAGACAGAAAGAUUAGAGCUGAGCUACCAAGGUCUGGAUACAGAAAACCAGCGGCUGCAGAAAGCUUUAGAGAACAGCAGCAAGAAGAUCCAACAGCUGGAGGCAGAGCUGCAAGAGGUGGAAACGGAGAACCAGACCCUUCAGCAUAACCUGGAGGAGCUAAAGAUCUCAAGUAAACGCCUGGAGCAGCUGGAGCAGGAGAACAAAACCCUGGAACUGGAAAGCUCCCAGCUGGAGAAAGAUAAGAAGCUCCUGGAGAAGGAGAACAAGCGGCUGCGGCAACAGGCCGAGAUCCGCGACUCCAAACUGGACGACAGCAACCAGCGGAUCGCUGCCUUGGAGAAAGAGAACCGCACCAUGGGCAAGGAGAUGAUCUUCUUCAGGGACUCGUGCACGAGAGUCAAAGACCUGGAGAAGGAGAACAAGGAGCUGGUCAAGCAGGCCAGUAUAGAUAAGAAGACCCUGCUGACGCUCAGAGAGGAGCUUGUAAGCGAGAAACUGCGGACUCAGCAGAUGAAUAAUGACCUAGAGAAACUUACUCAUGAGCUGGAGAAGAUUGGACUGAACAAAGAGAGACUCCUUCACGAUGAGAGCUCGGAUGACAGGUUUAGGCUCCUUGAAACCAAACUGGAAUCGACUUUGAAAUCAUCUCUGGAGAUUAAAGAGGAGAAGAUUGCGGCUUUAGAGGCCCGAUUGCAGGAGUCCUCAAACCUCAACCAGCAACUUCGCCAGGAGAUGAAAACGGUAAAGAAAAACUAUGAGGCACUUCGCCAGAGAGAGGAGGAGGAAAGGAUGGUGCACAGCUCCCCCCCUAAAGGAGGGGAGAACUCCCAGACGGUCAGUAAAUGGGAGAAGGAGAGCCACGAGGCCACCAGGGAACUGCUCAAAGUCAAAGACAGACUGAUUGAGGUGGAGAGAAAUAAUGCCACGCUGCAGGCUGAGAAGGUGGCCCUGAGAAGCCAACUCAAACAGCUGGAAACUCAGAGCUCCAACCUGCAGGCCCAGAUUGUGGCGGUGCAGAGACAGACCGCCUCCUUACAGGAGAACAACACCGCCCUGCAGACGCAGAACGCCAAGCUGCAGGUGGAGAACUCCACCCUGAGCUCACAGAGCGCCGCCCUCAUGGCCCAGAACACGCAGCUGCAGAGCCAGCAGAACAGCGUGGAGGGAGAGCGAGAGGGAGCGCUGAAAGACAAAGAGGAGCUGAGGGCGACCUAUGAGCUGCUGCUCCGAGAUCACGAGAAGCUGGCAGCGCUGCACGAGAGGCAGGCGGCUGAGUUUGAGGUGCUGAUAGGGAAGCACGGUGGCCUGAAGACCUCCCAUAAGAGCCUCGAGCAACAGCACAGAGACCUGGAGGACAAGUACAAGCAGCUCCUGCAAAGAAAGGGAGAAGUGGAGGAGCUGGAGAAAAACCUGAAGGAACAGCAGGAGAAGAUGACGCAGGAGAACCAGAACCACCAAGCCACAGCCGACCAGUGCAAACAGCUCAAAGAGGAAAACGACAGGCUGAACACUGCCUAUCGCCAGCUGAUGAAGGACAACGAGAGUCUGCAGGUGGAUCAUAAGAACAUCAAGAGCCAGCUGAACAGUGCAAAGCUGGAGCAGACCAAGCUAGAAGCUGAGUUCUCCAAACUCAAGGAGCAGUACCAGCAGUUAGACAUCACCUCCACCAAACUCACCAACCAGUGUGAGUUGUUGAGCCAACUAAAAGGAAACUUGGAGGAGGAGAACCGACAUCUGUUGGACCAGAUCCAGACGCUGAUGCUGCAGAAUCGCACACUUUUGGAGCAGACUAUGGAGAGCAAGGACCUGUUCCACGUAGAGCAAAGACAGUACAUAGACAAGCUGAAUGAGCUGAGGAGACAGAAGGAAAAGCUCGAGGAAAAAAUAAUGGACCAGUACAAAUUCUACGAUCCUUCACCUCAACGCAGGCGUGGGAACUGGAUCACUCUGAAGAUGAAGAAGCUGAUCAAGCCGAAGAGGGAGAGGAUGCGCUCUCUCACACUGACUCCCUCUCGAUCGGAGCUGGGAGAGGUUUUUUUCACCUUUCCUCCCGACAGCCAGGACAGCUCAUCUAUAGGCUCUGGUUCCAACUCGCUAGAUGACGCGCUUACACAGAAGAGGAGCAGCAGAAGGAGAGGGCAGCAGUCCAAUGCCCAAAGUCAGGGUUCCUCCAAUGCUAUAAAAAGGUUGCCUUUCAUGAGGAACAGAUCCAAGGACAAAGACAAAGCCAAGGCCGUCUACCGACGCUCCAUGUCCAUGAACGACCUGCUACAGAGCAUGGCCGUGGCAGGAGUGUCCGGGUCCCAGUGGACGGGCAGCACGGACAACCUGGACGGACCCGAGGCCGGAGACGGCAGCAUGGCGGCCAGCAGCAGGCGCAGCGGGCAGCGAAUGAAGGAGCUCGCCUUGUCCACCAACGCCAUCGACUGCGCUGUGCUAACGCUGCCGUCUGCGACGCACAGCAGAGCUAAGCUCCGGCUUCAGGUCAAAGACGACGCCUCAUAUGAGGAUGUUGCUGGAGCCUCAGACGACCCCAAGAGUCAAGGCCUGCAGGAGUCUAGCAGUGCUAUUGGGCAGAGGGCUAUGUGCAGAGUGCCCUGUAGCAUCUGUACCUCCAGACCCUCCAGCCUUCAUAGCAACAGGACCACAAGUAGCAAUAGUAACAAUAACUCACACCUCACUUCUCCUCUGGAGGGCAAAGGCAUCCUGAACGGCCGUCUCAGCAGGCCUCAGAGCGAGAGCAGCGGCGAGUUCAGCCUGAGCCUGGACCAGGAGGUGUGGUCCAGCAGCGGCAGCAGCCCCGUCCAGCAGCCCGCCUCCCUGCGUUCCUCCCACCAGAGCCCCCUGCAGCUGCGCAGGUCCCUGGAGCCCUCCGGCGCCGCGCCCAUCUCCAGCCAGGCACAGACCAGGAAGGCGGGAUCCCCCGGCGAGGUGCUUUCACUGCAGCAGUUCCUCGACGAGGGCAUCGAUCCUGCCGAGUCUGGCAGUCAGGAGAACCUUACUGUGGACUCUCCUCGCCUCUCCGCUUCCUCUGAGCACGUCCCGAAAGCUCGCGCCUCCACAAAGGGCCGGGGCAUCUUGCGCUCCAGCAGCGGGAGAGCGGCGCCAGUGGGCGCCGACCGGCCCCUGAAGUCCUCGGGACAACCCGGCCGCCCCAGCCUGCGCAAAGCGGAGAGCACGCGGGUCAAAGGCUCCGCCCCGGUGCGCCCCAGCCUCUCCUCCCAGGGGAAAGCCACGUCGGUCUCGGAGCGCCUGGACUCCGCCUCCGCCACGCUGCCCCGGGCCAGCAGCGUCAUCUCAACAGCCGAAGGUACCACAAGGCGCACCAGCAUCCACGACCUGCUGUCCAAAGACCAGCGGCAGCCUGUGUCUGUUGAUGCUUCUCCUCACGUCCCCUCCCCCAAGGCUGGAGUACGCUCGCAGCCGACACCCAGUGAGUACCACCCCGACAGCACCCGUCUGAAAGGACCCCCCUCCGCCUCCUCCCUCAUGCCCAAAUCAGUCAGCUUACCCUGCCACAGCUCAGACGACCCCGACCUCGACACCCUCGACUCCUUCCUCGGCCCCUCCUUCACUGUAGAGUCGGUGUUCAUGGACUCCAUCUUUAGCGAGUCGGCAGAAAGCAUCCCCUUCCUGUCCCUGAACCCCUCCCUAGUCAGUAACAUCAGCGGCCCCCCGGCCACAAAUAAGACCCAGCCUCACUCUGGGCCCAACCAGAGCCCCCGCGGCCCGGCAAAUGGCCAGAUGAGGCCCGGCGCUGCCGGCCUGACAGAGUAUGAUGAUGGUGUUGAGGCCAAUAGGGUUGCUGAUUCAGAGCAGACCCCCAGCCCAGAGGAGAGGCAGUCUCUGUGGUAUGAAUAUGGCUGUGUGUGAUUCCCCUCAGGGUGAUCACAACUUCUCUAAGAGCUGGAGAAUCAAAUCAUGGAUGAACUAAUCUCUCUCUUGCAUGUAUUUAUCAGAGCACUGCCUUUUUUUAUUUGGUGCAUCAAGGUUAUUUUCUGUCUGUCUUGGUGCCAAAUGCUUUACUUUUCCUUUGUUUCCUUUUUUUGUUCCUGGUAUUUUUUUUUUGCGUUGGGACUUUGAACUCUCCUCCGUCCAAAGGCCAUGGUGUUUACUCAUCAGUGGUUAAAAUGAAAGCCGUAAAAUGUCUUUAGCUUUAUUUUAUUGUGAGAUUUUUAAGUGCUUAUUGUCACUAAAGGCCUGAGCUGGCGUUCGAGCCGCGGAGUUAAUUGGGCAAAGAUCCAUAAACCCAGCAGAACCUCUUGCUGUCACCAGUAGCUGUCUCUGACACCGGGGCGGCUUCAUCACGUACCAGACUCACCUCCCGCUUCACGCGGCGCUUUAAUGGACCGGGGUUUUCCACAGUUAAACGUUUGCAUUGUUCACUAAACUGCAUGGCUUUGUUCUGUCAGCCUGACUGAAAGCAAUGAUUUUGGGUUUUUAAGUUUGAUUUGUUUUUGUUGACUUGCGCACCGUUUGCUUGGUGCGUUCAAUGUUUGUUUGCCCCUGAUCUCCUGUGUACAUAUCUCUGACCUGGGUGGGUGACUGGUUAUGGUGUGGUGGGCUCUGACUAACGUCUGAGACUGGUGAUGAAGCUUCUUUCUCAAAACCAUCUCUGGGGUGUCUAUAGUGGGACGAGUGAACGUUGACGGUGAAGGUCCUGGAUCGUAGCAUCCUGCUGAAAAUGAACCCUUUUCAGCAGAUUAUGGUAGCAAGUGAAGAAUAAGAGGAAUAGUGAAGGUUAACAAGUUUGAGGUGGUUUUGUCAAUGAAGCGACCAUCAUUUCUUUUUUUUCUUUUUUUCUUUUAUUUUUUUAACUGCUCCUACUGCACCAUAAUCCCGACAGGAUCAUAUUUAUGCUUUAGACUGGCCACCUUUUGUACAAAGUUAGUAAUUUAUAAUCAAAGACGAGUGCUGCUUAUCGUGCCAAACUUAUUAAAACUGUUUGCAUUUAGAUUUUUAUUUAUUUCUGCGCCGUAGUUGCUCUGUUCCGCUUGCUUUACCAUAUUUAUGUGAAUGGACGGUGAAUGCAUUUCUGAGGUUGAUGAAGGUGUGCCUGCAGAUGUAACGGAAACAUUGCUUUCAUCCUACAGAUGUGGAGGGCAGAAAGUCUAAAAGCAGGAGCGGCGAGCCGCAGCCAAGCUGCUGAGCCCCGCCCUCCCACCCUCGCCUGUCUGCUACCAUGCUGCGAGCGCGUGGUGAGUGAGCGCUGCUUGAGUGGGAGGAAAGAGGGAUGAUGAUGGUGGUGGUGGGGGUGGGGGGGUCAGUUUUGUCUCCGUGUGAACCCUACAACAUGGUCGUGUAACAGAUGUCUCCCAUAAUGCAGUGCACUUGCUCCCCCUGCUUGUCUCAGCUGCUCCCCCCUCCCCUCCCCCCACUGUUCCUGCGGUGCUCAGUCUGCUGAUAGGACCUGGUCCACUUGGCAUACGGUCCAUUUCACUACGCCCCCCCCUCCCCCUUCAUGUUGUCUCGGUGGACGGAUGUGACUUCUGGACCUAGGGUCUCAUUCUCGCUGCUGCAUGGCUUUGCUGUGAUGCUGAAUCCUCCCCUCUCUGCAUGUAGACCCAGGCUGGCUGCUUCUUCUCUGCCCCCCUCCCAUCCUUUGUUGCUUUCAUGUUUACAGAUACAGUAAAAACAAAAUGACUCUCUCUCUCUCUAACUGUGGUUUUGCUCUAUUUUCUUCCCAGUUUUUCUAAUCCGUCGUCUUUCUUUCCCAAAUCUUUGCACUUCUCUUUGCUUGUGUGGGACUCGGAGAGAAAGGUGGCCUUGGAGCUGUGUGUCUCAAGCUUUGUAGAGCUGAUCCUCUGCAGCCGUCCCAGAUUGUAUGUCCCAGAUUCAACGUUUUUUUUUUUUUUUUUUAUAUAUUCUUUUAGGAGAUGCAGGACACUUUUUAUAGUGGAGAAAAGUGGCUUCCUUCUCUGUGUUUUUUUUUUUUUUUUCUCCUUGAAUCAAGGAAGCAACAGUGAAAUACUGCAACGCAUUGCAUUGACUUUUGCCCCUUAAAGACUGCUGUGACUGAUUGCUCUGCCACGUCAGUCUCUGUGGACUGAUUUAAGUGCCAAUGUUAACACGACAGCCAAUAAGGCGAUCUCCACCCAGAUCGAGGAAUCCUUCCCAGAUCUUCGGCGCAUCCUUCAAGCCCGGUGGAUCUUCCUCCGCCUGAAGCCAUCACUACGUGGUUUCAGCAGGAUGACCACAGAAACCAUAUGAAGCAUGUCAGCACAGCUUGUUUUUGACUGAAGGAUCAGUCUGCAUGGAUCAAUCAUUCCAGGUUCUCUGGCCAAUCAAGGAAGAGGACGGUGUUUGAAGGUUUAAAAGCCCGAUGCAGCAGGACAUAAAGCCACGAUGGUUUUGGCUCUUUGGUUUGAGUGAGAGCGAGAGAGACCGAUCAGGUCACCUAGGAGACGACGUUUAUCUUCUGUAAAAGCCUCCAUCACACAGUUAACCACAUGGUAGUCAUCAUUCAUAGUUCCUCUCCUGCUGUCAUGUACAGAUACCGCUAAGAAUAAACAGUGUUGAGUACCAACGUGUGGAAAGGCCCUCUUUACGUCUGAGUGGGGUACCGGUGACCAGAGCGUGUCCCAUUUCUGUUGUGUUGAACAUGAUGGUGACGAUGAGACCCCAUGUUUUCUCUCCCCUUUUUCACUUUUACAUUUCUCCAUUUGGUGUAAUUAAAAUUCAUCAAGACUA